AUGUCCGACUCUGCAGUGGCAACAUCCGCGUCCCCAGUGGCUGCCCCACCAGCGCCAGUUGAGAAGAAGGUGGCCGCCAAAAAGGCAUCUGGUUCAGGAGCUACCAAGGCCAAGAAGGCCGUUGCCACCAAGAAGACUGCCGAGAAGAAGAAAACUGAGAAGGCAAAGGCCAAGAAUGCCAAGAAAACUGGAGUCGUAAAGGCAAGGCCAGCAGCAGCAAAGGCUAAGCCGGCCGCCGCGAAGCCAAAGGCAGCCAAGGCACCGAAGGCCAAGGCAGCAGCGUCCGCCAAGCCUAAGAAGGCAGUGAAGAAAGCAACUGCUCCGGCUACCGCUAAGAAGCCGAAAGCCAAGACCACGGCGUCGAAGAAGUAA